UGGCUGACGUUGGAAAAAAGUGUUCUGCUUUUCACUGACACUUGUUUUCUUGGAUGUUUUUGAUUCAUUAAAUCUCUUUUAAAAGGUUGUAAUUAUCGAAAUGUUGUCUGCAAAUACAAAGCAUUGUUAAAGGGCUUUGAUUGGAUACAGUUUGUCAAUCAAUUUUCACUUUUCAGGUUGCGGACUUGAACCUGGUUAAAAAUGCCUGAGGUUGGUUUGCCCAAGACCCCAACACCUAGUACCACCCUUACCAUAGAUACUGGUGAUGGAGGCAAGACCACAGUCAGUGUCACCCCUGCAGAGUUUGUGGAGAUUGAGAAAACUUUAUCCAAACCUGAUACUGAGGAGAAAAACGAGGAUGAAGAAGAUGGUGAAAAGAUCACUAUUGUCGAAGAUAAAAUCUUUGAUGAAAUUCGCGACAAGAUUCAUCAGAAUUUGGAAAAGCGGUCCUCUACUAUGUCUUUGAUGAGCAGUGCUGAAAGCGUGGACAGAGAAACUUUGAGAACUGCGGAGAAUUUCCAGAUGAUUAACCAUGGCUUCCAACCCAGAGCUUCUUACGAACAGCACAAGAAGUUGACAGAUAUCAUGGGUGUAACAUACAGCAGUCGCCAGAGGCAGUUUGUAAUCCUUGAUGCUAAGGGUAUUACUAUCUGGAAGAAGGAUGCAGUAGGAGCUCAAGUUGUUCGGGCAAUGAACUACCCGAAGUAUGAAUACAGAAUUAUCACUUACUUAGUGUAUGCUAAGAAGUAUAAUGUUUACUUUGGUUUGGGGAAGGACUUUUCUUUAAAGGUACUAAACCGUGACUUCGAUGAGGUCUGCUCAGUGAGUGCGAAUCUUCGCUCAGUGCUUUUCAUGGUGUUUAACCCUGUCAAGGAUGAGCUCAUCACCGGUGGCGUCGGUGGGACCAAGGUCUGGCGGUAUUACCAAGUGGCUGAACAAUCAUGGAGCGAGAUCAAACCAAUGGCGAAUUACAAACUAGGUCUCAAAUAUGAGCUAAAGAAUGUUGGGGGGAGUUGGGUGAAGAGAGUCGACCUUGACCUGAAUCUACAACAUUUGUACUGCUGUUCUGAGAUGGAUUUAUAUGCGUACGAUUUAGAGGGAAAUCUGCUGUUUAAAUUUAUGGGUGCUCAUAACUUGUCAAUCACUGGUUGUUGCUACUCGAUGGCAGCCAAACUUCUAGUCACAUCUUCGAUGGAUUCCGAGGUAAAAGUCUGGGGCAUCCCCGGAGGCCACGUCCACACAUUCCGAGGACACUCACGAGCCGUCACCAAUCUCGUUUUACAUCCUGAUACGUCUGCGUUGUUCCUGACAUCAUCACUAGAUGGCAGUGUAAGGAUGUGGUCGCUUGAUACCAUGGACUGCAUAUACAGCAUUGUGGUAUCUUCAGAAGGCGUAGUCUGGAUGGGCAUCACGGAUGACAAGUUUCUCUAUGUCAGCACUGUACGGACAAUCAUCCUCUGGUCUCUCAACUUCAUCGCUCAGUUCUGGGCCUUGACAAGGAAUACUGUCUCUGCCAUAUCACUCGUUGGCGCCGAGGACAAGACGACUCGUGUUCUCACACUGGGAGAGGACAGCAGUGUGCGUCUCUUUGCCCGUAGCUCCCACAAGAACUUGUCCACUGUUCUCCCACCUCCACCAAUCUCGCCCCUCCAGAGGGUCCUCAGCUUCGCCUACAGUAGGAAACUCAACAUUGUCUACAUCCUCAUCAACCCCCAUGAGGUCUGGCUCUAUACUGUUAGAACAGAUCCAGCAUGCCGGAUUGCUGUUUGGGACAUACACCAGCUUCAGGAGGAUUAUAGGAUAAGGUCACGGUCGCCGAGCCCUACUGAGGGAGGACCUCACAUACCAAAGACCAAGAAAUUUCAUGUUGCUGCCAGUCACUCUACCCACAAUUAUCGAGCCACAGAAGGCGGCCUGGGAAAUGAAGGCGUGGCAGACUGCUCCAGCCUUGCUGUCCUGGACUCUCCCGUCAUAAUGUGGACCGAAGAAGGCUUCUGCUCACCUCUACAAGACCAUUUCCUGUUGCUGGGGAUGGAAGAUGGACGCAUCUUAUUCAUGGACCCUGUUCUCAAGGGACAGAAGCAUCUGGAAUUUAAAGCUUGCAAAGAUCGAAUUCAGAGACUGACGAUAAGCAAGACCUACAACUGUCUUACUGUUUUAUCGCAAUUGAAGGAAUGCGCUUUUAUCCAAAUGUGGUCACUUCCCGGUCUCAAGUUAGAGUACGAGGUCUACUGCCAGAGUGAUGUCAUCUCAUUUGCUAGACUUGACACCUGUUUGCUGACCGGCCAUACCAGUGGCGUUGUCAAUAGCCAUGUCCUCUAUCCUGCUGAAGAUCCUGGGCCACUCAGGCCUAAAGCCACGAUCCCUGCAGUGGACCCAAUCCCCACUGAUACGCUGAAGACAGAUCAUAGAACUCCAGUCAUUGCCUUGGACAGCUGUCCAAAGAUGGGCGUGUUUUGCUCAUGCAGCUCUGAUGGUGCCAUAAAGGUUUGGAUAGAAGGCAAGGUGCUACUGACGGAGAUUAUGUUAGACGAUGAAGUCAGUGCGGCCAUCUUCUUCAACGACCGCGCUGACCUUCUCAUUGGGUACAAGAACCAUCUCUUCCUAAUCGAUGGCAGUAAAGUUGUUCCGUGUAUGAAGUUGGGUGAACUGGAAGAUGAAUUUGAUAAAGAGUCUGACAUCUAUGAAGAUCCAGCUGUAGCGUUUGAAGGAGUGCAGGAAGACCCAGACCCCGUUGACUUAGACAACUAUUUGGUGCCGUAUAACAUGGAGUUCUCAGAUGAUUUUCUCAUUGGCAAGAAACCACUUGUUGAGGUGGAAGAAGAAGAAUCAGAGGAAGAAGAAGAGGGCUCUGAAUUGUCUUGGGCACCGACUGAAAUCUACUUCUCACCAGACGACAUGCCCAGUGAAAGGUCAUUGCUCGAUCUGACCUUGACCACGGAUGUAUCCAAGUAUGACCUUCAACAACAAAUGAAGGUGACAGAGAAGUUAGAAGCCACUCAGAAAACGGCUCAACCACAUGCCGGGGGGCGCAGAAGGCGACGACUUCGCCAGCAGGUCUGCAGUCUGGCUGACAUUGCCCAGGAAAUGAAGGAGAAAGAAACCGUGGCCCAUGCUAUCAGAACUACCCUGCCGACAUUUGGAAUUUCCCCUGGUCCCACCCCCUCUGUUUCUCCUGCAUCUACACCGACUGCUGCCAUGUCGGAGGAUGAGCUGUCUUUAAAGUCAGAUGAAGAGGAGACACCUGUUGAAGGGGAAGUUGAAGUGAAAGAAGGCAAAACGGUUCAAGUCAAAGAAGAAGAAAAGAAAAAACCAGAGAAAAAGGACAAAGUUGAGGAAAAACCAAAAGAAACUGCCACCAGCGAGGAACCUGCUCAGAGAAAGCAGUCUGUUGCUAGGAGUCGUUUCGAUGCAGUCGAUAUUCGAGCGUUGAUGGCAGAUGCAAGGAAACAGGUUCCAAAGAAGGAACCGCCAAAGAAGGCACCAGAUCACAGCCAUGUUCGACAGCCGGAGACACCUGCUGAGAGACAAACAGGUCUGGCUGCAGCUCAGAUAGUGCCCAGGAAACCUGUGAAGAAGAAGGAGGCAUCAAAGAAUAGGAAGCUCCCCAAGAGAGGGAGCAAACUCACACCAGCCAGAAAACCUGAUGCCCCCUCGCCUGUGUCUGCAGUUGCUAGUUCAUUGGCAGCGACUGGGACCCUGACUGCAGAACAGAAAAAGGGACUGCAGGCUGGGGAACCGGUCAAAAUUAUGCGGCCCAAGGUCCCUGCGUCUGCUGAGCAGCCAACGGACAGCGAUGAUGAAGAUGAAGUGUGGUCGUCUGAUGAUGAGGAAAUCCUAAGGGUAACUGGCGAACCAGGAGAGGCUGACCGUGAACCACGGAAAACGUCCGGCGUGCGACGAAGGUCGGCCAAAUCGAAAACGAAGCAACCGGAUGUAGUUUUUGAUGGGCCGAUGUAUGAUGGCGCUUCGGUAAAAGGAAGUGAGAUUGGUGUGACUGUUGAGGAGGCAGGGAUGAUGAAGACUGCGGAUGAAGGGGGAGCAGCGGAGGCCACGAGUGAGGGCGGCUUAAAGGUGAUGACAGAAAUGCAGGCUAACAUUCUUCCCAAGUCGAAAAGUCCUGCUGGUGCUGUCCAGUUGGGUAUUGAACCAAUGCUUGAGAUGGGACAUGGUGCCGACGCCAUGUACCGGGCUGCCAAGAUGGCCUGGGUACAGAGACAUUAUGGCUCAAAGUCAGGAGAGACUCUAAAGGUUCUAAAGAAUUACAGCAGAAUGGAAGAUGACGAGACCUCUCCAGAAUACGGCCACGUCACACGCGUCUCGACAUCUGACCGAGGACGGAAGUCAAAAUCGGCGGAUAGUCGUCAUCGUGCCAGUAGCGCCCUCACAAUGGAAACAGAUUUUACCAUUGACGAACAAGACGAGGGGGACUUUGAUGAUGGAGAGAGUCUGUUUUGGGAGAUGAACGUUUCGACUAGACAACGUCAGCGACCUGUAACAGGUUUGACACGAUAUCGUCCAUUGUCUGGACAUGACAUGAUUCCAAGAAAACCAAGACCUUUUACUGCCCUUGUGACCAAUAAAGAAAAGGAUAUCUACAGGGUCAUGGAAGAGUUGUUCACAAAAUACAAGCAAGCUGGAAUCUCCCUUGACAAGCUUUACAAGAAUGAUGGGACAAACUUUGAAGACAACUGGCAAGAACGCAUGAUUGAAAGGCACAUGUUGAUGAAAAUGCAGAAAGAGUACCGUGCUCAGAGUGCCGCACACCGCCGCCAUCUACUGGAGAUGAGACAGAAACAAAAGCGGAAACAGCUCUUGGGGCAUCGGGAGUGCGACGGAGAAUCUGGCUAUUUCACGCGUUCUGAAGCCUCGCUCUCAUUGGGGCAUGUAGAGAGGGCAAACAGUGUACCGGUGGGUUACGGUCGACACCACCUUCCAUCAACGCCCGUCCCACCACCGCCGUCACGGCCACAGACACAACAAGAGAUACGAGUCAGAUCUGCCUUUGCUGCUCAGAAAGACCAGCAGAAGGCUGAACUUAAUUCAGAAAUGCCAUUCAGAUUAAAAAUGCAGCGGCAAAGCUCUGAGGAAGCAAAUCUGCGAUUGCAAAAGAAAUCCUCAACCCACAUUGACCCACGGUUAUUUGACCCGAGAAAUCCAUUUAAUGUUCUGCGUCCGGUCUCAAGUAAAUCUAUACCAAGCAAAUGCAGUCACUACGUAUUAGUCUCGCAUCCGAAAACGGGGAGUUCCAAAGUUGUACCGUCUCCGUUGGAGGAGCAGCUCAUCCAGGAUCGCUUUCCGCAGUUCAAGAAAAAAUGGUUAGGAAAUGAGGGGCAAAAGAAUCGACACUUUCCUGCUCAUGGGUGGACGUAGCACGCAUUGAAACCAGAAAGGACUGUUGGAAUGUGUUAAGUGGAUAGCUAACCAGCUGUGAAGCACCGGGGCCGAACAAACUGCUGGUGUUGUGACUGUCGGAAUGCUCCCUCAGUAGUACUGUGCGGUGCUUUAUACUUUCAUAGCAGGACUUAAGCUCAUCAAGUAUUAAAAAAGGGACAAUGUUAUUUCUGUUAGAAAGAUCUGAUGGACAUUCAGCCACGGUCAGAGAGUUUGGGAACAGUUAUCUAAUCUAAUAGUAUUUGUCCAUCCCUACGAAGACGGAUUGUGGAAGCUGAAAAACAAUGGUUGUAGAUUGCAAUGGUGCACUUGUGGCAAUGGCUAGGAGGUUAGUGUAUACCAUAAGAGAUGUUGUGAUGGGCCUUUGGCUGUGGCUAUGGGGAAGCUGGUGUAAUUAUUUUGCCAGACCAAUUUAGUGCAAUGCUCGGAUCAAUCUUUUCUCCGUCCAAAAAUUGUAUAGUAUGAGUAUGUGUCAUUUGAUAUUCCGUCCAUGAACAUUGCCGUCCAAAAGUUGUAUACAUUCAUUUUGACUUGAGAUUUUAAAACUGAUAUUGAUUUGGCAAUUGUAACUAACCCACAAAGCCUGUAGAACAUGGGAAACCAGGGUUUCCCUCUGUAAUGGAAUCAGACUAUUAUUGUACUCAGAGGUACAAUACAAUACAAUACAUGCGAAACAAAAUUUGUGAUAACUUGUACAAAGUUGUAAAUUAUAAUGUAUAUUUUGAUAUUGUCUAAAUGUACUAGUGAACCUCUUGACGUACUGUUUCUGCCGGGAGUAAUUUGUGAUUCUGGAUGCUGAAAACAGCCUCAAGGGGUAUGUUGAUUAAAAAUCAGUUGUUAUAACUGUACAAUAAAGUUUGUGCGGUUGAAUGAA